GGAGAGGAAGAGAAGCCAGGGGUGGACAGAAGAGGAGAUAUGCUCCGCUACGGUGCAGGACGAAUUGCUUCGACCACCACAACAACACAGGACUCCCCAGAGUCUGAGAGGAGGAUCAGGCGCCUCAGGUUAACUCUACACGCAGGAGACGAUGGAAACAAUGAGCCAAAAACUGCAAACUCAGAGACAGCUGAGAAAGAAAACGACAUCAGCAGAGCAUGGAAGAAGAGGAAUGGGCUAAUCCAGAGAGAAAGGCCAGCUGGCAGGGAGUCACCUCAGCAGCAGGUCAGAGACGUCCCCAAUGGGGUGCCAGAGACCUCGCUGCAGCAUCAUGGGCCCAAAGUGUAUGGCGUAGUGCAGAGGAUGGGCUCGGACAGACGGCAGGAAGUAAUGGCACGAGAGUGGUCAGUCAAUCACCUUCAGGAGGAGAUGAGGUACAUUAGGGAGGUGAGAGAUUCACUAGAGAAGGUGAGAGAGCGGAUGUACGGGCAGUUUGGCGGGAUGCAACAAUCAAUGCAGAAGCUUUCACAGGAAAUUAGGGUUGCCAACGCACAUCACAGGCUUCUGGAGUCAGAGGUGAGGGUCCGGACGGCAGCCAUGGAGAGCUUUGAUCAGAUGAACAGCUCCCUUAUAUCUUCUAACAUCACCCUGCAGAAAUCCCUUCUGGAAAACUGUCAGAAUAAAAUAGACUCAAGAGAGGAGGUGAAGACUUUGCGCAACACCUUUGAGAAUACACAAGAAAAACUCAGAAACAGGGAGAGGGAGCUGGCCGCCAUGCAGGCUGAAAACCAGAGUUUGAGAUUACAGGUGGAGUCUUCACAGGAGGCCAGCAUUCAGGCGCUGCGGGAGCUGUCAGCGAAGCUACAGAGGGAGUAUGAGGAAAAACUGAUGGAGGAACAACGGAAACACAGGGAGGAGAUUGAAAACUUACAGGCCCAAAUCGAUGAGUACAUCAGGCGUCUGGAAAACGCAGAGAGGCAAAUCAGGACUGCAGAGGCCAGGAUUGCAGAGAGGGACGAGAGAAUUGUUGAACUGGAGCGUCUUCUGGACUGUAUGGGAAAGGAAAAGAUUCAACUCCAAAAUAAGCUGCAGGAAUGUGAAAAGAGUCUAAGCUUGAUAAAACGGGCGGACACAACUGAUGCAGCUGUAGUCAAAAGGUCCAAAGACCUGCAAGGUGAAGCAGCAGAUCUCCGUGAGAGAAUCAAACACUUGAACGACAUGGUGUUCUGCCAGCAGAGGAAAGUUAAGGGAAUGAUUGAGGAGGUUGAAUCACUGCGAGCUCAAGUUGCUCAGAAGGACAUGUUCAUCUCAGAGCUUCUGGACAGAAUUGCAGUAGUGGAGUGUGAGAAUAAUGAGUUAGAAGACAAGCUGAAGUAUUUUAUGUCCACACAGAAUAAACCACAAAUAGUUUUGGAUACCAGGGAGAUAGGAGUAGGCUCUGGGCUGCUCCCCAGAAGGGAAGCAUGGAGGAAUGAUGUUGAAACGCCUGCUCAGUCUAAACUAGGUCAUCUCCAUCCCGUACAAGAAGCACCACCCACUCAACCUCCAUCCCCUGCUCAACCUCCAUCCCCUGCUCAACCUCCAUCACCCACUCAACCUCCAUCCCCUGCUCAACCUCCACCCACUCAACCUCCCUCCAUCCCCUGCUCAACCUCCAUCACCCACUCAACCUCUACCACCCACACCACACCCACUAGUCAUAGAGCCCUCAUCCCCAUCACAAUCUCCAUCUCCCAUACAAACUUCAUCACAGUCAUCUUCCAUUCAACCUCCAUCCUUCUACCUGUCAACAGUUACCCAGUUGAGGACAUUCAGGACUAACAAACUUCCGCCCAGCAGGCUGGAGUCCAGUUUACUGAGGUACACUCCUAAUGAGUACAGCCGCUCCCUGCCGUCUAGCCCCACAGCGCCGAGUGGGACGUUCUCCUAUCCCAGUUCGUCUGAGUCUGGUCCUCCUGUGAGUACAUCCGGGAGAGAUGAGGUGGACGCAGAAACAAACACAGACACACACUCAAGUCCAGAAGGGUCCGGUUCAGCCCUAUCCUCUCUUCAAGCAAGAUCAAGAGCACCUCAAGUUUAUACACCCUUCAUGAAGCUUAUGGAAAUGACAGCAAAUUUACAUAUAGAGGAAUCUUAAAGUAAUUGUUUGACAUUUUGAGAAAUACACCUAUUUGCUUGCUUGCCAAGAAUUUCAUGAGAAGAUUGAUACCAUUCUUAUUGGUAACAUGAAGCUACAGCUAGCCGCUGGUUAGCUUACUGUAGCUUAGCAUAAAUACUAAGAAGAGAGGGAAAACACCCAGUCAGCAGGGUUUGUCCAAAAGCAUCAAAUGUGCCUCACAGCAACUCUAAAGUGAGCAAGUAACUGAAGGGUAAAUUUUUGGAAACCAGUGAAAGUCACCGCUCCCAGAUAAGAAACAGUCCAGUUCAACCCCAUUCAGUGGAUUAGGCCUUACAAUGAGUUAACCGGAUAAUUAGGGAGCUUUAGAGAUCCUGAUUGAGGGAUUUUUUUAUACUUCUGGAUGAAAUAAAACAGGCUAGUUAAUUCCUCCACCUCAAGUCUUUAUGCUAAGAUAAGCUAUGCCAUAACUGUAUGGUAAGUACAGUUAUAUGUUGCUGCUGUUAAAGUUAAGCUAACUGCAACUACAUAUUUAGUAUACUUCCUAAAAUAUUGAGCUAUUCUUUUAGAAGUUGUCUUUGGUCUUAUUUUCACUGAUGUCUAUCUUUUUGAAAAACAUAUGUGACACAGAUCUAAUUUUUUUUUUAACAAUAAAAAGUCAACAUUAUUAAAAUAUUUACUGCAAAUACUGUAUGGGUCUGGCUGAUGAUGUAAAACAUCUUAUGUAAAUUUGCACAUAAGACACACACAUAUUAAUGAUACAAUGUUGCUUGUUGUAGGGUGUAAAUAAUCUGAUGUGAAAAUAUUUUGUAAAUAAUGCACUUAAAGAUUAUAUUUGUUUUGUUUACAGUGAAUGUAGCCCAGUUAUGUUUCUCCUAGAGCUGUGAG